AGCAGCGACGCGCGUACAACGGCGAACCGUUCCAAACGACACAGCAUUCGUUUAGGUAAACAAGUGAGAAAAUAGUAACAAUAAAUGCUUUAGAUACGGGAAAAUAAAGACGUUUCAGCAACAGCCAAUGCGAGAGACGCAAGCGUGUAGAAAGCAGCAGUAAAAGUGCGCGGGAACGGCGCUUAAAAUUCAUUAAGAAAAGCUGUGUAGGAAAAGCGUACUUUUUCAAGCGCGUAUUCCAGGAACUAUCAAACCACUACACACACACACAGCGAAAGCAUAAACAAAGCGCUGUGUGUAUUGGUGAGCAGUGCUAGCAGUGCUUUAAGCGCAGAUUAAAUUAGCUAAUUUCGCGUAAAUUGCAUUGAAAUAAAAGCAGGCAAUUCUAAGAUAAGCUGGCAGCGCGCAGUUGAACUACUUCAGUUGCACCGAGUGAGACUGACUUGAAAAGCGGAGAGGCCUGGCGUGUAGUGGUGGCCACAAGCGGCGCGACGCAGUAACUUCUCUGGGAGCUUUUCCAACCAGCAGCGAAAGGAAUAUGACAAACAAGGCACAGGGAUAAAGAAAUUGAUAAAUAUUGCAACACAAAUAACAACAAAUAAAAAGCAACCACACACGUGUGCCACUGCUCACACAUACACCUACAUGUAACGUUUAACCCACCAACGAGCACAAAGCGAAACAGCGAGCAUUUAAAGAAUUGAGUGACAGUCGCAUAUGAACCAGUGGGACUGAGAGCUGACAAUGACAAUAUCCGAAACAGCGGAAACGGAUAUCAGUGCACAGCAAACCAACGCGUGAAUGCCAAAACUGACAGCAGUCACGAGCGGCAGUUUCCAAUCCUUGCUGCCGCACAACUCGCCCCACUUAACCCUUCACAGCGCAUCAGCGGAGAUGGCCGGCAGCGCGCGCGCGUCAAAUUUCGAUGGUCACAGCGCAAGCAAUAAAUUAUUGCGCGCUUUAAUCGACGACAACAACAACCUCAUCGAAGGUGACGAUAACCAUAACACAAGCAUAUCGAACAAUUUGAGCGCAACCAUCACUUCGGUAGGUUCAAAUGCGACGCGCGUUUUGUACACAUACUUUCAAAAUAUCACCGACCCGCAAGGCUAUGCGACCGUGGCCAACACGACGACAACAACAACAACAGCGACAGUUGGCAGUGGGAGCGUCAUCGAUAGCGCAACAACAGAAAGGCUACACAGUCUCGUCAGCAAUGCCACUGAACUACAAAUUGGCAGCAACGAUCUGACGGCGACAGCGCACAGUGUGGGCGCCACGCUGCUCAGCACCGCCAAAACAUUGUUCCGAGCUCCAAUCAGCGCAUCCGCGAAUGCUACGCGCGCAGCAACUGCAUUGGCGAAUGCAACCGCGUCUAUUUCAGCCUCCGCCGCGACCUAUGCCACCGAACUGCUGAACUCGACACUGUCGCGUACGCUGACGACGAGCGGGAGUGGCGCUAGCGCGGGGCCCAGCAGCAUUGUUUUGACCACCUCGCCCAACGUCACUUACCUGCCGCAUCAGGUCGCCAUACGCAGCUUCGAGGACUGUGCAGCGCUCUUCGCCAAUUACACGCAGCCGCUGAAUGGUGUUUUCUGCAACUGGACCUGGGACCUGUUUCUCUGCUGGCCACCGACGCCGGCUGGCGUGUUGGCGCGCAUGCAUUGUCCGCCCGUCGGACACGGCAUUGACACAACAAAGUUCGCGAACCGCAAAUGCGAGCUGGACGGCAGCUGGGGCCGCCGGCCGAAUGACACGCAGAACAACACGAACGGCUGGACGGACUAUCAGCCUUGCUUCAAGCCGGAAGUGAACGACAUGCUGCAGCGUGUGGAUGAUAUUGAUGUCUUCUUGGACAUCGCACGACGCACGCGCACGCUGGAGAUCGUUGGACUCAUAUUGUCGCUGAUCGCCCUGAUACUCUCGCUCAUUAUAUUCUGCAAAUUCUCUUCGCUACGAAAUAAUCGCACGAAAAUUCACAAGAAUCUCUUCAUCGCAAUGGUCUGUCAAGUGAUCAUACGACUGACACUGUAUCUCGAUCAGGCGUUUCGGCGUGGCAGUCAACCGGCCACAUCGAAUACGAGCACAGCGGGAAUUGAAAACACGCCCUACCUCUGCGAGGCUUCCUACGUGCUCCUAGAGUACGCUCGCACCGCCAUGUUCAUGUGGAUGUUCAUCGAGGGUCUGUACCUGCACAAUAUGGUGACGGUAGCCGUGUUUCAAGGGCGGUUUCCGCAUAAGAUAUUCUCGCUACUCGGCUGGGGUCUGCCCGUACUGAUGACCACCGUCUGGGCCAUAUGUACAGCGAUGUAUACGGACAGCGCACACGACUGUCUAUGGAACUACAAUUUGACGCCGUACUAUUGGAUACUGGAAGGACCACGUUUUAUUGUCAUAUCGCUCAACUUCUUCUUCCUAAUGAACAUCAUACGCGUACUGGUGAUGAAAUUGCGCCAGAGUCAAGCCAGCGAUAUCGAACAGACGCGCAAAGCGGUACGCGCCGCCAUUGUCCUGCUGCCGCUGUUGGGCAUCACAAAUCUACUGUACCAAGUACCUGCAUUAAACCUGAAACCACCAUGGAAAUUCGCCAUGUGGUCCUACGUGACGCAUUUCUUAACCUCAUUUCAGGGAUUUUUCAUUGCCUUGAUAUAUUGCUUCCUAAAUGGUGAGGUGCGCACCGUUCUACUGAAAAGCCUCGCCGUCUAUAUGUCCGUACGCGGCCAUCCCGAAUGGGUGCCCAAACGUGCCUCUAUGUUCUCUGGCGCUUACAACACUGCACCCGACACCGAGGGCCAAGGCGGUGGUACGCCGCAGGAUGGCAAAAGAAACGAUCAAUCGCCCACCACACGCCGCCUGAAUGGUCGCCGCUACAGCGCCGCCAACACCGUGCACAUACCGGCGCGACGUCUCUCCAGCGGUAGCACUUACCGCCAGCAACGACGCGUCAGCAAUCACAAUAAUAACAACAACAUUGGCAUACACAACACACGCGCUCAGAGCAACACUGGCAGCGGAAGCAGUAGCAACACCGGCGGCAGCUGGCUUUUGACGCUGUGCUUUGGCGGCCAAAAGAACAAAUGUGUGAUGUCUAGCAAAAAAAUGCCUACACAAAUAUUUAUGACGACAAAACGAAAGGCAGCAACGAUUUACGCCACUGAAGUGGGGCGUCAGUGAGCCAGAAACGGAGCGUCUCGCGCUGGAAGCCCGCUAGCGCAAUGAGCGCAUGUGUUUUAGCCUAAUUAACUAAUUUAUCUAAAAUUAUAUAACUUAAGCAAACAGUUAAACUAAGGAAUUGAGCAACCGUUGCGAAGAGAUUGCUAGCUUUUGAUGAUUGGCGUGGAAAGCAGCGCGUAUUAGCUGGAAACAGCGCAGUCGAUGUGACCGCAAAGUAGAUGAUUUCAAUUAGUUUUGGAAAAGUAAAAAUUUGUAGCACUAAGCAUAUGUUAGCUAUUGUUAGACGCUUCCAGUUGCGGCCAGUGACUGUACUGCUACAGCACAAAAAUAUUUUAUACUUCUUUUUGUACAUAAGCCGUUAGCUUUUACUGUAAACAAUGUAACUAAAAUGAGUAAAAAUCUUUCGAAUAGUCUUGCUCGGCUCGAAAACUCAAUUGAAGGCUCCUAUAUAGUAUUAAUAUAAUAAAAAUAAGUGUUUCACAAUACUAAACACUGCUCUAACGGUACCAACUACAGUUAGAAUUUACUAUCCUACAAGUGAUCGCCAUUCAAAAACAGAGUAUUUAUUUUUUGUUAAAAGCUUUCUGUUAGAAAAAAAGCAUGCGUUCAAGCGCCUAAAAGUAGGCAGUGCUUGAAAUACUCGAAUUAGAAACAUAAUGCAAACUAAAGUACACUCAGCUCAAAAUCAAAAUCAAAAUACAAAAUUGAAAUGUAUUAAAAUACUAAAAACGCCAAAAAUUAUGAGAAAAUUGAGAUUAAGUAUAUACUAUAUAUGUAUAUAGAUAUAUAUAAUGUGGAACACAAAUAUUUUAACUAUAGGUACACCUUACACGCCCACAGGGCACAGUAACCGCUAGAGUUUAAUCAAAUUAUAUUUACAAAAGGAUAUUGCAACUACAAAAAUGUAAAGUAUAUACAUACAUAUAUAUAUAGAGAGAGAGAGAGAAAGAGAG